CACUGCUCGACUGACAGUUUUUAUGCUGUUUGUGGCUGUUAAUCAACACCUUUUUAGGUCGAGGGGACAUAACUUAAAAUCCAUUUCCGAAUACUUUGCUGUUUGUUCUUUUUCUGAUUAAUUAUUUUUUAUAUGAUUAUUCUUUGGAAAUGAUAUCAGGGAGGUAACGGGUGAUUGUUGUCCUCAGAGAAAAUCACUUAGCCGUAAAAGCCGCUGCUCCUCCUCCUGCGGGCCUACUCGUUCCAAACGCACGCGAGAAGCAAAGACCAUUUUAUUAUGAAUCGCUCAAGCCGUGUUUUGCGUUUUUUGGUUUGUUCAAACGCACCGAGGCUUCAUUCCCGCAAUGUCACCGUUUGCAGUCGUCUAUCGAGAGAUUUCAACUAUCCGAUGAGCCCGAACGAUAUGCCACGUGCCGGUGGAAUAGCUUCCAUGAUGCGACUUCCUGUACGAGAAACUGCCGAGGGACUGAAUGUUUGUUUUAUUGGGAUUCCCCUGGACUCUGGAACUUCAAACAGAUCCGGAACUCGCCUCGGCCCAAGACAAAUACGAGCAGAAUCAUGUUUGCUUCGCCCUUACAAUAAUGCUACAGGAGCAGCACCAUUUGAAUCUCUCAUGGUUGCCGAUCUUGGUGACAUUCCUAUUAAUACAUACAACCUUGCUGCAACCGUGGAAAUCAUCCAUAAACAUAUUGCAACAAUUGCUGGUUAUGGCUGUGUACCUCUAGUUUUGGGAGGUGAUCACACUAUUUCAUAUCCUAUUCUUAAGGGAAUCAAGGAAAAGCAUGGACCUGUUGGUCUUGUUCAUGUAGAUGCUCAUUCUGAUACAAAUGAUGUCAUGUUUGGGGAAAAAAUUACCCAUGGAACAACAUUCCGCAGAGCAGUCGAGGAAGGGCUGUUGGAUUGUGAUCGUGUAGUACAGAUUGGUUUACGAGGUUCUGGAUAUACUGGAAAGGAUUACGCUUGGGCAGAAGAUCAGGGUUUUCGGUUGGUGUCUGCAAAGGAUUGUUGGCACAAGUCUUUGGAACCACUGAUGGCUGAAGUUCGUCAGCAGAUGGGAAGUGGCCCAGUCUAUAUAUCUUUUGAUAUUGACAGUUUGGACCCAGCAUUUGCACCAGGAACUGGAACCCCAGAAAUUGGGGGCCUCACCUCCAUACAAGGCAUAGAGAUUGUAAGAGGGUGCCAUGGAUUGAACAUUGUUGGUGGUGACUUGGUUGAGGUCUCGCCACCCUAUGACACAACUGGGACAACAGCUCUAACAGCAGCCAACUUGUUGUUUGAAAUGUUAUCUGUUCUGCCUGGGGUAAUUUACAAGUCAUAAGAUGCACAAGUGUAUAAACUGUGAGCUUGUUUCAUGUAUUGUGUUGAAAUUUGUGGAAAGAUAGGAUAACCACAAAUAACUUGUAAAUGUGUCCCAUUGACCAAGUUCAAGGUCUGUACUGUAAGUUAUGGACAAUGCUUUUCUCCUCUUGGAAUUCUGUCCCAAGUGCAAAAGUGAAAUACAGGCCACUCAAUUGAGUGCUUGUAUUAACUGAGAGAUGUAAUAAUGUAAGUGUACCAUUCUAUUUUAUUAAACGUGAGACAUAAACUUUGGUAACAUUUAAAAAUGUGCUUGUUUAAUGUAUUCUCUGAAGUAACUUUAGACAGAAAUACAGGUAUUUUGGGGGCAUAGAAUGAAGCCAUGAAGCAGUCAAUGUUUACCCCUCCUUGUGUAUUGAUAAUGAUAAUGACAGGAAUAACAAUGAUAACAAUAAUGAUGAUGAUGUUGAUGUUGAUAACAAGGUUGAUGCUGGUAAUUAUUGGGGUGAUGACAGUGAUCAUGAAAACUGCAAGAAUUACACUGUAAUAGACAUGUGUUGAUGUGAGCUUAAUCCAUCUUUAGUUCUCUGAGCUCCUCUGUGCUCAAAACUGGGAGAAAAAUUCCACAUCACUUCUACGCAAGUCAUUCACAGUACGAUAAUGAAAUCCUGUAGCCAUUUGCAAAUGUUGAUAAAUUUAUUUCAUGCCACAAAUACUCAACACACUGCUCAGGAAUUUUUUUUUUUCAAACUGGGGGUUAACUUCCUGAGAACAGUAACACUGAUCGACAAUCAUGUUACAACUGCAUACAAUAACACCAACAAUGUUACAAUGUCACUUCAUACUCAUAUGCAAAAUGUUACAACUGACAUUAAAUUUCUAGCUUAUGAGCAUGCCCUUGCUAUCAGUGCUGCAGCACAAGUACUUUGCCUGCAAGUAAGUUUAAGGUCUUGGGCAAAGUAAGUCUGUGAGAGGCCUGCAAGUGGUUUAGCAGUGAUCAUUAAUAAAGCCAGACCCCUUGCAAACCUCUCCUAGCUCACUUUGAUCAUAACUUCAAACUUAAUUGCAUUUGAACUUAUUAUUUUUUCAAAACAAACUCUUAUGAAAAAGAUGUUUUACUCAUUAAGUGAAUUGCAACAAAGUUGUCCUGAACCGUUCUUCAGAGAUGAAAAUGUAACGUACAAAAUUGAAAUGUAUAAACCCAACUUCAACAUGUUCAAAGGGGGUAAGUUUCUUAAGAAACUGUGGUGCUGGGUUAUCAGGGGGUAUAACAAUUUAAAUUGGUUUAUCAACUGAGUUGGAAAUAAAAUUGGCCACUGUAUAGAAUUUCUC